AUUAAUAAAUAAUCGAACACAAUAUGCAUUUUUUACAUAUUGUGUUCGAUAGAUGGAUCGGGCUAUAUUCAACAAUGUUUCAGGCUGAGAAAUGAAUUGGCGUAUAGGUAGAGAACGCUUUACUUCGAAAAUGUGGCCGGAAGACGGACAUUUCCAUGUUGCGGGCUUGACAAUGAAAAAAACGCGUUUACUCUGAAUGCAAGUGCAGCCUUUUUCAGUCCAUGUUGCUGGCGUAAAUGCCAUGCUUUUAUCUGAUAAUGAACAUUUCAGCAAUGACUAAACAGUAUGAUAUUCUGGUCAAAUUAAUGAUUCUGGGAGAUUCAGGAGUUGGCAAAACGUGUUUGUUGCGAAGAUUCACUGAGAAGGAAUAUCAUCCUUACCAUAUUUCAACAAUCGGGGUCGAUUUUAAAAUGAAGACAUUAGACAUAGAUGGAAUCAAAGUCAGAGUACAGAUCUGGGACACUGCAGGUCAAGAACGUUAUCAGAGCAUAACUAAACAGUACUACAGACGGGCCCAAGGCAUUAUCCUUGUGUACGACAUAACAAAUGAGCCAUCUUUUCACCACAUCAUGAGUUGGGCGGGGGAUGUGGAUGAGAAUGCUCCUGAUCACAUUCAGAGGAUCCUAGUGGGGAACAAGUCUGACAUGGAAGCACAAAGGUGUGUCUCUGAGGAGAAAGGAAAAGAGCUUGCAGCUUUCUAUGGAUUAGACUUCUUUGAGACCAGCGCCUGCACCAACCAAAACAUCAGCGAGCCGUUCACUCGCCUGACGGAGCUGGUCCUACAGGCUCACAGUAGACACGUUGACCGCGUUCUGGAACCCCUAGACCGCUUCCUGGAUGGGGCCUCUCUCGAGGAGGAGAAGGGCCCUCAGGCCAUUCAUGAAAACACACAGGAUACCUGCUCGUGUUAG